GCUCCUCCCUUUUGACAUAUUUUAAUUUAAGUAGGAUUUUUAUGCAAUUCAUCGUUCUUAAUAUUUGUUUAUAAAGUGUAUUUGUAAAACACAAGAGUUUCCUUUUAAACUCUCAGAACGAGAUGAGACAGGUUGUUUAUUUUCGUGUAGCCAAAAUGUUUCAGAUAGUUCUUAUUGUAUUGGCCAUAACUCAUGCAAAUAGCGAUGAAUUUGAGCAAUGCGAAGGCGUUACCUGCUCUGGUGCAACUUGUAAACUAAAAGACUGUCCGAGAGGAACUAAAAAAGUAUAUGUAGGAUGUGAUUGCUGUCCAACUUGUGAAAAGAUUUUAGGCAUAGGAGACCACUGCGAAAUCCAGAGAUCUGAACCAAUAAGAACAAAAUCACUGCCAGAACCAAGGGUUGAUGUAAGUUUUCCUAAAUGUGGACAAGCUUUGAUUUGUGAUGCUAAUACAAAUACUUGUGUCUGCUGUAUUAUCUAACAUAUAAUAAAAAAAUGACUCAUAAAAA